CCUCGUCAUCGUUGUCUCGUUUCGCCCUUUCGGCUCCCUCCUCGCUCCCCUGCCCCCAUCUGGCUUUGGCAUCGGCACCUUUGUCGCUUCCAUCCCAACCCCGGCAUGCUCAGGGCCAUCUCCUGUUGUUUUGGAGGGUCCGCAGACCCGGUCGACGACCGAGAUGUCUCCUCGCAGACCCCUGUCUCCCAACAACCAACAUUCCCUUCUCCGCCCGAUCCCUUGGGUCCCUGGCUCCAUCCUGUCGAGUGCCUCGUCAACAUUGCCCGCGACGAGCCCGAUGCCCUCCUGAUCAACACAUAUGAGAGCGGCGCCUCGGAGCGACUCAGCUAUCUCCGUGUGUGGAAGCAGGCGUACUCGGUCGCCCAGGCUCUCAAGGCUCUCCCUGGCUGGAACGACGACGACCACGAGGUCAUCGGCACCUUCUGCGAGGCCGAAGCCAGCUGGGUGAUCUUCUCAUUUGCUGUGUGGAUGCUGGGCAAGAAAACACUCAACCUCGCUCUCAAUCUGCCUGCUGCUGCCCGCAAGGCUCUGUGCGAGAGAUACUCCAUCAAGUACAUCCUCUACCACCACACCAAGCCUGGCCGCACCAUUGGAGUGACGCUGGUCAAUGCCACCACGUUCCCAGUGCUGGACAACGUCCCACCCCCGUCUCUCGAAGUCUGUGAACCCCUUGAUGAGUUAGUAGCGAUCGCCUGCACCUCUGGAACAACGGGCAUCCCCAAGUCGUUCCAGUUCCCACACACUGGAGCUAUCACUAUUCGAACAUCCAUCGGGAUCAGCAAGUGUAGUGUCGGGCUCCUGCAGGCCCCGUCAUUUGCGGCAACAUUGACACUCGUGUUCAGUGCACUCAAUCUUCAAGGAUCCGUGUGGCUUCCAGAGCCCACAUACAAUAUUGUCGAGAAAGCAAGGAAUGUUGCUCAAAUCUUGGAUGACGGUGUUGCCUUUGUAUUAAUAGUAGGUCGUGGACAACUAAAUAUUCGGGAGUAAUUUUGUUCACAUGCUGAUGUCACUCAUCCUCCCUCAGACUCCCUCGUUCAUGAAGUUGAUCAUCAGCACCGCGGUUUCCCGGAACCCGAAUGUCAAAUUGACGAAAACAAAGAAAAUAUUGAUUGGCGCAGAACUCGUACC